UAAAUUUAAUUAUAGUGAUUUAAGUAAAAUUAUUGUUGGUAGAUAACUUGAUUGUGUGUCAGUGUCAUCUGAUGGCACAGAUAAGGUCAGGUUUCAAUGAAAUACUUAACUUUAUAAGUUUACCCGUUAUAAUAAAGUAAAGAUAACAACAUAAAGUAGUUUUGUAAGUUUUGAAUUAUAAACUGAGUGGUUAAUUAAAAUAUUAACAAAAAUAAAAUUUAAAAUGAGGUGAUUUUAAAAAUAUACUUUAAAAUUAUUAAUUAACAAUUCAUAAAUUGCUUUAUGUUUAACUAUUACAACAAUUACAACCAACAUGAAAGAUUUAUUGACAUGGAAAUUCUGUAUAAUUUUGAGUUGUAGUCUCACAGUGGGUGCGAUUGUAUUUUGGGACCGAUUUAAAAAAAAUUAUAAAAAUAAUAGUAUAAAAAAAAAUAUUAAGAAGCGUGAAGAUGAUAAGGAUGAAAAUGAUAUCGAUAAUUUUACAAAUCGAACAGAAAAAAAACGUCCGGUGACGAGAAAAGAAAUUGAACAGCUGCCUGAUCCCAGAUGGAUAAAAACCGGUAAAAUUAAAGAAUUGUUUUAUUAUCCACUGAAAUCAGGUCGUGGAAAAGAAAUUUUUGAAUGUAAAUUCACUGAGUAUGGAAUUGCUAUAAUUGACGAUAAAUGUAUUACGCUAAGAGACAGAAUGUUUCUUGUUUAUAAUGAAGAAAAUGGUAAAUUUAUAACCGGUAGAAAUUAUCCUACACUGUUAUUAGUAAGUCUUAGUGCUGUUGAUAAAUUUAAAGUAAAACUUGAAGCAAUUGGUAUGCCGCCAUUAAUUUUUCAACUGCCACAAAAUUCUGACAGUGUCAAUUGUUCAAUGUGGUGGGGUGAACUUUUGAAAUGUACCGAUUGCGGAAAUGGACCUGCUGAAUGGAUUUCAAAAUUUUUAACUGGAACAGAUUCGGGACUGAGAAUAGGCAUGGCAAUUUCAGAUAAAAGAAAUAUUUUAAAAGGUCCAUGGGAAAAAUUCACCAAAGUCUAUGAUACCUUAACAAAUGAUGAUGUUGGUUUGUUCGCUGACUUAGCAAGUUACAUGCUUAUGACCGAGUCCUCUUUGGAAGAACUGAAUAAAAAAUUGGAUAAUAAAAUUUCUGCCCUUCAAUUUAGACCAAAUAUUGUAGUUUCUGGUACAGAUGCCUUUGCUGAAGAUGACUGGGAGUGGAUUAAAAUAGGCGAAAAUGUUAUUUUGCGGAAUGUAAAACCCUGUCCUAGAUGCACAAUGACUCGUGUAAACCCUGAAACUGGAGAGGCUGAUAAACAAGAACCUUUGAAAACAUUAAGAACAUUCCGUGAACAAACGGAUCCUCAGCGAGUUUCAGUUGAUGGAAAAGCUCCGGUUUUAGGAAUUUAUUGCGGUCUUUAUGCAAUGGGAGAUGUUAAAGUUGGAGAUGAUGUUUUUUUACAUGUACCGAAAUCUGUACGCACAACAAAACUAUAA